UCGAGAGAAGAGUGUGCUCCAGUCUAGUGUUGCGAUCGGUUGCAUGCGCGUUUUAUUUCCCUGCGGGUUCUGUUGGGGUUGUGUAGAUGGUGUGAAUCCGGAUGUUUUUUUUUAUGUGAACAUUUUCCAGUAGACUGAACUGUUUACCGACCGAUGUCAACGAAAAAAUGGUGCGUGUGCAGGCUGCGAGAAGGCACUCUAGUAUGAAAUAGGACACGGUAGUCACUAGUUCCCCAUCAGUGUCCAAACUCCAAAAGUGAAGGAAGCAGAAGUAGAAGAAGAAAAAACGGCUGAAACUUGACGUUUUGUGCUGCUGAAGGUGUUCGUUUCAGAGCAGAAUGUGUGAUUGAAUAUCACUGAAAAAGCAAAAUAAGUGAAAGAAUUCAAGUAAUUUUAAAGUGUCGAAAAAAAAAAUUGUGAAUGAAGAUUGGUCAUAAGGAAGCAAGAAUUUUAUUAUUCACCGACUUUCCAAAAGUAGCCUGUGUUUGUGAUAGUACAUUGCUUUUUUGUUGUGAGGAUAUAGCAGCAACCGAAGGAGGAGGAUAUGUGAAAACUCACAAACACAGAUAAACAACCAGCAUAAACGUUGUAGCCGAGCAAAGGAGGCGACUGGGAUUAUGUCUACAGCACCGCACUGAGUAGUCGCGCAAUAACAACAGCAGCAUCGAGCAACAUUGCAGGAUUUCAACGUUUCAAAACAGGAGCGGAAUAAUAAAGAACGCCUUCGCUGACCCCGAAGAACGCCAAGUCCGAAAAUGGCAGUUGAAAGCAACCUCCUGAGAAUAGAUUUGCGUUUUUGCCAUCAGCACCAACACAAACUGCUUCGCCACUAGGUCUGGCCUGGUGAUAAUUUUGAUUUGUUCCCGACGUUUUUUGCAGCCGACGGAGCUGCGAAGGGGAAAACCGAAAAAGGCAAACCAAGGCUGAAAUUGCCGGACUGUCCUCCAUUACUGUCUUUCAGGAUUACACUCCUGAGCGAGUACUCGGUCGACCUAAUGAAAAAAGUUUCAUUUCUGCGGUAGUGCGGCGAGCUUCGGUUUGACAGUCUUCAUUUCUCACAGGAUGAAAAUGCUCCAGGGAAAAGAAAACGAAAGUUGAAAGCGUGAAGCAAUUGAUCUGCACACGGCGCCUGCAGCUUUCUAUCACUGGAAAAGGGUUUCCAAUAUCAGAUGAACGUUUCAUCGUCGGUCGCAUCUCUAGGAGAAUUCAUCAUUUUUUUGGACGCUAUAUUCCGCAAAGUUAACGAAAAAACAAGUUGUCCGGACAUCCUCUGCUCAUCUACAAGCACAACCGCAACAACAGCAUUUAACUCGUGCCAAUGUAGUUUGGAAGAUAUUUCUAAGUGAAAGCAAACUUAUGAUUAGACGAAGUAGGUCUAAUCUUGAAACUAGAUAGACAACGGUCAGUCCGUAGCAGGAAAAGAAAAAAAUCCUAGGAACGGAACGCACAUAUCCGAUCCCCCCCCCCACGAACAAAAUAAAGCCCACUGGUGCCUGGUACAACAAGCCAACAGUAUCUUCGAAACCAAUACCAAAAGUAACAGGCUCGAAACUAUCGCCAACAAUUUAAAAAAAAACAAAAACAAAACGUGUAUACACAUCAGCGAAACAUCUCCUCUAGCAUCGUCGUAUAGUAGCGAACUACACAACAUUAGCAUUUCGAUCGGCAGCACAAAUACGAGUAGCAUACGAUGGGUAACAAAUGCUGCAGCAAACGACAGGAUCAGGAACUGGCCCUCAGCUAUCCGGGUGGCUACAAGAAGGGCGAGAAUUCGUUCACUUCUAACCUAUCCGGUCCGAAGCACAACAACGGCGGUGGCUCGCUGGAUUCGCGAUACACACCGGACCCCAACCGGGGACAGCUGAUCAAACAUCCGAAGGGCGGCGUGGACAUCAUCCGACCGCGGACAACACAACUUCUCCCCGGACACAGCACCCGACGGAUAGUGGUGGCCCUGUACAACUACAAUGCUCGGGAGGAAACGGAUGUCAGCUUCGUCAAGGGCGACCGGAUGGAGGUACUGGACGACACCGAGUCGGACUGGUGGCGAGUGGUGCACCUCAAAACACGUCAGGAAGGUCUCAUUCCGUGGAAUUUUGUUGCCGAAGAUCGUAGCGUCAACAGUGAAGACUGGUUUUUCGAGAAUGUAUCUCGGAAGGAAGCUGACAAGCUUCUACUGGCGGCGGAGAAUCCACGCGGUACCUUCCUGGUACGGCCGUCCGAGCAUAAUCCGAACGGAUUUUCCCUUUCGGUUAAGGAUUGGGAAGAAUCACGGAGCUAUCACGUGAAACACUACAAAAUAAAACCACUGGACAACGGAGGCUACUACAUCGCAACGAAUCAGACUUUCCCCUCGCUACCUGCUCUCGUGAUGGCAUAUUCCAAAAAUGCCCUUGGUCUAUGUCAUGUACUGUCGAGCCCGUGUCCAAAACCACAACCACAGGUAUGGGAUCUCGGACCGGAGCUUCGAGACAAAUGGGAGAUUAAUCGAAACGAGGUACAGCUAAUUCGCAAGCUAGGUCACGGUAAUUUCGGCGAGGUGUACUACGGCAAAUGGCGUAAUAACAUCGAGGUUGCUGUGAAAACGCUUCGCGAGGGCACCAUGUCGACUCAGGCCUUCCUCCAGGAGGCAGCGAUCAUGAAGAAAUUCCGUCACAGUAGGCUAGUCGCGCUAUACGCAGUCUGUUCCAAAGAAGAACCAAUCUACAUUGUCCAGGAGUACAUGUCCAAGGGUAGUUUGUUGGAUUAUCUGCGGACCGGGGAUGGUCAGUUUCUGCAGUUCGAAGAUCUGAUCUACAUCGCCGCCCAGGUCGCUUCCGGCAUGGAGUACUUAGAACUGAAACAACUAAUACACAGGGAUCUGGCCGCCCGGAACGUGCUGAUUGGUGAGAACAAUGUAGCGAAGAUCUGUGAUUUCGGUCUGGCACGGGUGAUAGCAGAUGACGAGUACUGUCCGAAGCAGGGUUCACGGUUCCCCGUCAAAUGGACGGCACCGGAGGCGAUCGUGUACGGCAAGUUCUCGAUCAAAUCGGACGUUUGGUCGUACGGUAUCCUGCUGAUGGAACUGUUCACCUACGGUCAGGUGCCGUACCCGGGAAUGCACAGCCGCGAGGUAAUCGAACAGAUCGAACGGGGCUACCGAAUGCCAAAGCCAACGAAUCAUCACCUACCGGACGAUAUCUACAGUCUGAUGCUCAAGUGCUGGGACGCGAUACCGGAGAAACGUCCGACGUUCGAGUUCUUGAAUCACUAUUUCCAGAACUUUACCGUCACGUCGGAGGUGCCCUAUCGAGAGGUGCAAGACUAAGGAGACCGAGCCUGCGAGAGUCGGAGUCCAAGCGCUGCUCCCUAUUUGCUUUUGGGAUGGGUCCUACUACACUAGUAAGCUUAAACAUACACAGAGAAACAAAGUUGAGCAGACAUUACAUUGUAGACUUUAAACUAAAACAUACAUUACAUGCAAACAUACACAUACACACGCGCAGUGACAUUGCUUUACGUUGCUAGAAGAAUCGUAAUAGGAAUGACAAACAGUGUUUUAAUUAGUAGGGUGGAGAGUUACUCGAUCGAUUGGAACGGGUUUUAGCACACUGUGUGCGGAUUAACAAUAGUAGGCACCUUUUUCCGUUCACAACACAUGAAAGUUAUGUGAAAAAACAAGUAGAGUAUAAGAUCUAUUUCUUAUACGUAAACGUAAUUCGUUUAUAAUUAUCAUUACAAACUAGUUGCACCUGGUAUCUAAUUGAUGUUCAUAUUCAUAACAGUUUCUGUGCAUGAACAAGAAAUUUGUUCCUAAUGGUGGUUUUAUUAUUUAUAGAAUAGAUUUUUCCCGUGUGUAGCAACUAGAAUUUGGCUUAUUAUUGAAAUCAUGAUACCAAAACUUUGGAAUUAAAAACUGUUCCGUCAAUGUAGACCCAAUUCGUGAUAGGUUGACCGUUGAGGAAAGUUGGUAUAUUUUCAUCGAAUCCAUUUGCUCAGGAAGCUUAGUGCAAUCCAUAGCUCUUCUAGAUUUGUCUUUCAGUCGUUAAAUUGUUUGCGGUCUCAACAACGAGUAGAUUACUUGGCUUGAUAAGAACAUUUGUCCAUUUAGAAUCCCAGCCAAGAGGAAAGAUGCGUUUAUAGUUCUAGUGCACCAAUCCGGUAACGUACAUAACGUCACUAACUACAAAGGUUUCUAAAUUCUGAACUGCUUACCUAAAGUUGGAUCUUCUUCACCCAUCCGUAAAACAUAUCAUCUUCACUAAUCAGCACGAGUUUGUCAGAGAGCGACCAGCUAAAACCACGAACUCAAUGAACUAUGUUUCUACACUUAUUACCAGCUCGCUUUUGAAAAAAAAAAUGAGGCUAUUCAGACUCCCUGAUUGGAUAACUAAAUGAAUUUUAUCGUUGCAUACUGAUUGUACUCUCUGAGUCCGUUACAUCGGGUGCUCCACAAGGGAGUCAUCUCGGAUCACUUCUUUUCGUUCUAUUCGUUAGGGUUAAAAAUUUGGUCCAUUUUCAUUAUUUUACUGUACAGAUACCAGAGAAGGCAGGGGAAUUCGUUUUGAAGCAUCGGUCGAUGUAUGUUUGAUGAUAAGGAAAAUAAUUUUUAUAUAUUAAAACUAUUCAAAAAGGCAAACAUAUCCAACAUUUUCCGAGACUGGUUUUAAAAACCAGUCACAUUAUAUCUUCCGAAGUUGAAUUCUAAUACCUACAAAUAGUGUAUAGAAUUGAUCAGGAGACUAGUCUAGUGAAGCUCCGAUACUACUACUGUGGGCAAAAAAUAGUAGGACUUUGUUCAUGAUUUCGAAAUUCUUGAUUUAUUCUUCCAAAUCUAUUUCGUCCCCCUCAAAGUAAUACCCCCGGGCCCAAUACACUUGUGCCAACGUACGUAGUUCCAGUUCGAUUUUUAGUAUUCUGCACAUAAGUCUAGAUCUCUUGUAACUUUCUAGCUACAUUCCGAACUAUAGUUAUAAGGCGUUCUAUUUUUCGUUUGAAGGCUCAAACCACGUGUUAGUGAUCGUUCUCGUUGAUCUGGCUUUUUUUCGGAUCUUCGCUUUCGAUCAAUAGUCAGACGUUCUAUGAUGCCAGACACCAGAAUCGUUUCAAGAUACCAGACACCGUAGAAUUCGCGAUUCCAAACUUUUUUCCGUCAGAUCCUUAUUCUCAAAGUAUUCGUGUGAAACUUAUUCGCGCACUUACUGUUCUUUCGUAACCAUUUUGAAAUUUUUGGUUUAUCCGAUUAGAGAUGUCGUAAUAUCGAUCGAUAAUCAAGUAACAUUAUUUCGAUUAGUUUGAAACAAAGGUAUCAUAUUUACAAUAGAUCCAGCUCUCACAUUUCCCGGUCAAAUCAUUGGCAACAUCCUUUUUUGCGAGCAUGGUGCCCUCAGACGAGUCCGUAUCGAAUCUCGUACAUACAAGUAGGGCAGAGAAAUAUCACGCCAAAAUAGCAGCACUGCGCACCCGUACAAUUGACAUGAUGUGUUGAAUGUGAUGCCGUGCGAUGGCGUUGCUGAACUGCAGACUGAUUUCGCUCCAAGCUGUCAGGGUCUGUUUGAAAUUUUAUCGAAUAAUUUGAAAAAAUCGACAUUCCUACAUCUGAUGGAAUCAACUGACAGAAUGUAAACAAUACACAUUGAACUAUGUCUACGCAAAACUUCAAUGAAUGUUAUCCAACGAAUCAAAAGAGCAAUUUAAGUGUGUGCGGAUUUCAAGCGGUUUAAUCUUACUUUUUUUACAUUUCGCCGUCGGCUCAUCGAGUUUAAUCUAAGUUCUUCGGAUAUGUAGCACUAGAUAAAGACGAAAUUCAGAACUAGUGAAAUACCCUAAAUUUCAAAAUAAACUGUGGAAAAACUUACAAAAUUGUCUGAAAACUUCAAUUUUUUCCGAAUUUGAACAGCGGAGUUUUCGGCAAUCAUCUCGGUAAAGUUUAUAGCAUCCGGAAAUGUCGGAAUCUGACCUGAAUUCGUCGAAAUUUUUUGGUUUUGUGCGGAUGAUGAAUUGCCGAGAUUUUCGUCGUAAUGAAAAUAAAUGAAAAAGUAAGAAGUGAAAAAUUACUUCCACUCAAAUAUUAAAUUAUUUGCUCGUAAUAUUUGACAUAAAGCAAUUAUCAGUUUGGAAAAUAUCGAUCAUUUCUGUUGUUUCAAUUUGUGGUAGAGAGAUAUAUGUUAAAGGACUAUUCACACAUUUCAGUUCCGUGAAAUGUCAGUGUUCUUUUUUGUCGGAAUCCUUCCGUUCUGUAUCCAUUCCGGCACAGCAAAUUCAGUGACAUAUCGACCUCAGUGAAAAUAAAAAAAUUUCGGCGACGACGAAUUUGUGUUAGCCGGACGGACGCUACACUGACGGCGAGCUGUACUGAAACGGUACGGUGCCGGAUAGGUGUGAAUGCGCGCAUAGAAAACGAAUGAAAUAAUAUCAGUAUCCGUGCACGGUGUCGUGCCGGCACUGAACCGGACCGGAUAUAUGUGAAUAGUCCUUAAACGACAAAUUGUCAAUGGAACAGUGUUCAAUCUGACCAGAGAAGCCAGAUCUGCAGAUUUGUCUGUAAAUUUGCAGAUUUCGUACAUAGUGCUGAAGACAUUUCGUCAAAAUUUACAGACUUGAAAUUGUCGCGAACUUUUUUUUUUGUUCGCUAAAUCAGUUUUGCGUAUCAUACUUCAUAGAGAAAUGGCUGCCAACAAGACAUACUUGCUGACUGCAGAUUUUUUUCGGAUGUACAGCCUUUUCCAACCCUGUCUGAAGAUAUUUGAAAUUUUUACCUGCCAUCUCUGAAUCUGACUGAUUUAAGGAUCGGUCGUUUUCCAUGUUCCAGCGCCUAAAUUUGGAGUAUUAACUGGACAAAUAUGUGAUAGAAGAAUCGUUCUUCCGAUGAUAUUUCGUACUCCAGCGGUGAUGCUGACAAAGUUCUAUGAUCAUUCAUAAUGUGACCUUUCAAAGAUUAUAAGUGAUUCUACCUCGCGUCACAUUUCGGAAUCAUACAAAUAUUUAAAUACUUAAUUGGAAUAAAAAUGUUUAAGCUUUAUAUGAUAGUUGACAUGCCGUUGCAAGUCGUUAACAUAUCCCGCAUCAGCUUAUUUACGAUGGAUGCAUAGUUAAUUAAGUAGUGCUAAUCUCUACAAUAACUAGAAAAGGCAAAAGACAACGCAUGAAUCAUGAAUGUUUAUUGAAAUUAAAGUCUUGAUAUUACAUUUCUUCUGUGAAACUUCGCAGCCGAUUCUUAAGCGUACAGAACCAUUGCAUGGCUAGUGCUAUAGUCAAUUGCUGUUGAACAUCGAUUUAACAUAACAAGGGGCUAAAAAUUUAGUAAUAAUCGAACGAAUAUCUCAGUAAACGCAAUAUUUACCGAAAUUUCGGCCGAAUGAUGCUUCGUCGUGUUUUGACGUAGGACUAUGUUUUCCUUGACUAUGCUCACCUGGGUGCAUUUUCAAAAUUUCAUGACACGCAAGUGUAACGAAAUUACUCCAGAUUUGAUUUCUUAACAACUGUUUCCCCACAGAGAACAAACAUCCAAACUAGUACAAACUUUUUUAAAAAAGCUAUGUAAAUCAUACAAGCAAAAAUCCGCUCGAAUGCAAGAGCCCAUAAAAAAUUCCUGGGUUGCUCGAAGCGCCUCUGUAGAAGAAUUCCUACUUGGCGAUUGCUUUUUAAGACAACCGUUUAAUUUCUUACACACAUUGAAAUCUAUACUUGGAUGUCUGGAUGGAUAAAUAGAACCUGUUGCUUGUUUGCUAGCUUCAGUCUAUGAUAAUCCAUGAACGAAGACACAUCGGGUGCGCAGGCUGCCAUCUACGCCAAAACAGUGGAGCUACACCCGCCAUUAUUCAACUGGUGCUUCAAUCUAUGUCCCGGGUUGGUGGUUCAAUGCAUAGGGCGCUGGUCUUACAAACCAGUUGUCGUAUGUUCCAUUCGUAUCAUCUUGCUGGUGGUCGUUUGCAUUAGAGAAAAAGAAAACGAAAAGUGGACAACAAUGGAGAAAAUUAUACAAAAUCAGCCGUUCUAAAUGUUAUCUAAAGAACUAUUGCAUGUUCUGAAAUGUUAUCUAAGGAAGAUUGCUUCUUUGCAAAUCGAAGAUAAAUAUCAGUUUCGUGCAAAUCUUGAAUAAUUUGAUUAGCUUUGUGCACUUUACGCUAUGCGAAAUUUACACCAAACGAACGAUAGCUAUCAUUUUGCUGCAUCGUGUUCGAGAAAAAUGUUCCGAACAGUGUUAUCGUAGAGAAUUCUACAACUUGGUCCUUCUGAAUGUCAGAAAUGAAUUUCGUACAGCAUUUUGAUAGUUUCUUUCACUGAAAAACUGCCCUAAACUGGCACCCUUUUGGCUAUAAUACAAAUCCUUUUCAAUACUAUAAAUCUUAAACGGUAUGAAAUCAAUUGCUAUCUAUACACAUCUCGAAUGCAGUCCUACGUCAACCUCGCGGUUAUGUUUCUGGCAUUACCUACUCCAAGUUUUUUCAGUAUCUUUUUUAGGCGAAAUCAAAAUCAUGUUUUAAUUGUGUAUCUUGUUUUGCAUUGCCCCAUAGAUAACGUAUAUUAAGUAGUUCUAUAGUCCCACGACAAAAGGACCUAACUGCAAAUGACAGUUUCUUUUUGUUUACAUUUUCUUUCACGAUUUACCGGAUUAGUUCUAUAUUAAUAUAGAGUUCCAAGAAGGUGCAUUUCUUCUUGAAAAAGAAGCCAUUUGUCUGGUCCUGUCCUAUGGUGGUGCAUUCCCAUCACGCCAAAUUUUCAGUUUUUGUGUAGGUUAAUAUCGCAAGUUUUGGCGUGAAUACGUCUUAUUUUACUUUGGAUCGUCUUUUAAAAAUGCGUGCUGUGAAAGAAUGGGUAGAACUUAAUCUUAAUUAUCUCGAGUCUCUGAAACUAAAUUCUUAUUCUAGAUUCGGGAACUAGAUUUUUAGAACUGGUUUCUAGACUAGAUUUUGGAACUGAAUUCAGUUCCUUAAUCUAAGCUCGAAACUCGUAACCAGAAUUCUGAUCCAGAAAUUCAACUGCAAAAUUCUAGAACAACAUUCAAGAUAUCAAUUCUAGAUCUGGUUUCUGAAACAAAAUUUUAUAUCUAAAACUCCAACCCAAAAUUUUGGAGCUGGCUGCAGAAUUAGAAUUUAUUUCCUAAAUUCUGUUCCAGAAUUCAUGUUCAGAAUUCCGAAAUAGCAUACUGGAAUUUAAUUCGGAGCCUAUGCUCUGAAACUAAAUUCAGGUUCGGAAUUUAGUUCUAGAUUUGAUUUCGAAAUCGAAAGUGAGUUCUGUUCCAGAAUUUUAGAAUUGAAUACAACAACUGAAUUCUUGAUCUGGAUCUCGAAUUACCUUAAUUUAAUUGGGGACAGUGUUGAGUUAUUUUGUACGACCGCUUAUACGAAAUAGUCGAUUCGACUUGAUUGCACCUCUGCAAUAAGAACGAUUUGAAAUAGUUCUUAAAUAUAGAUUAAAAAUUAUAAAUUUGAUCUAAAUGUCUCAAAUUGGAGAACUUUGGCCAAUGGUGUUCGAGUAUGACAAUUAAAAAAGUGGUUUAGGUAUUAUGGUAAGAAAUUUUUACAUUUUAUUGGAUAAAUUUUCCAUCUGAACUUCACUUAAGUUGUAAAGGCUUAUUUCCGAAGUUUAUUGGGUGUAUCUAAUCUAGGUAAUUCCACCGUUUCAACGCUACAGUACACUCUCCGACCAUGCAGCGUAACUUUGCGACUUUGAUUAGAAUCUAUGCACGUAUGUGGUGAAAAAUAAUUAGAAAAAAAACGAAUGCGACCGACUUUUAACUAUUUAGAGUAUGUAGAGCAAAAGAUUACAUGAGUGCAUCAACUAUUUGAAAGAAGAAAAAAACUGUAAUACUAGUCGUCCUCACAGAAUGAUUCGUCAGUGAAAUGAGUUCUUUUGUAAUAUAGUUUCCUAUUAGUUGUAAACGCAGUGCAUCUAUUUAGUCAAACACACCGUCACGAGUUUCGAUUUGUUUAGUUUUUUUUUAUUAAACUUCAUCAAUACAUCAACACUGUGCAUAAAAAAUCCUCUGUCAUAUUUCCAUUCUGCAAACUUUUGAAGCGUUGCUUCAUCAUUUACCUUUACCAAUUCGCAUUGAAAUGCACAACAAAAAAAACCGUAUUUGUUCGAUCUUGUAGUUGAGGAACGCUGAAACGUUGCAAAAGUCAUGCUUAGUGAGUAGAUAAAAUCUGGCAUCCUGCUGAAACGAAGUACUAGAGCUGUGUGAUCAUAGUAUGCGUGGAGUGCAACAGUUUCCUAUAUGCUAGUGCGCACGCCUCUCUUCGGAUAGUGUUGUGAGGUGCAUUGUAACAUUGAAUUAUAUUACUAAAUAAUAAAAAAAAUACAAAACAGCCGAAACAACUGAAAAUCACUUUUACGACUAUUUAUAUUUAUAUAAAUUAAUUUACUGAACAUAUUAAUUAGAAUUAUCAACCAAAACCCUCAUCGUUUGGUUCGUCAGACUAUGUAAUUAGGAAUACGAAACAAGGCGUGGUAGAAAUUCAUUGAAAUUUUAUCUGCAUACGAAGGAAAGUAAAUUACAAACAGGAAGUCACAUUUUUUACUCUCUACUCUGUAUUUCUAACCAAUCGAAAUUUAGUGAAAUGAUUCCGAUUAGAGGCAAUCUUAUCAAAUGUAAGUGAACAAAAAACACAUUUCUGUCCAAUACACGAAUGACAAUUGCCAAUAGAAACUUUUUCUGCUAGGAGGACUCGUCUGAGAAAGGGGAAAAGCGUACAAAUCAGUACGAAUUCGAACUUUAAGCAACCAGUAAAAAUGCGUUCCCCCUUCUCUGAACUGCAACACUCCUACCGAACGUAGGGCACGCGUACCGGAACAAUAAAUCACCAUUAACCACUAGAGGACAUUUUAAUACCCUCCCAUUCCAUAACAAAUACAACAAAACAAAAAAGAAAAAUAAACAAUUUUUAACAAAUUUCCCUGCUAAAGAAGCAAAAUUUACAACUGAAAAAAAAACAAUUUUUACAAACUGAAUCGCGCUAAACAUUUUAUACACGAAAAACGACAAACCUAAUCCUACCACACACAGCCCUCUGCAAUCAACCGACCGUUGUUUAUUUUCCCUGCUUCCUUGGAUGGGAAAAAAAAACAAUAGCCACGCCAUAUACGAAGGGAAAGUGAAAAUUUGGGAGUUUUUUUGAAAGUACAGCAACCGCAGCAGCUAAUUGGAGUUUCUACGUAAGCGAAGAGUGCGAGUUCAAACGAAGCAAACAGUAAGCAGUAAGCUAUCAACUAGAAAGAAUGAUCGCAAAAACAAAAAUGAAAACGAAUAAACAAGUAACAACAAAAAGAACAUUAAUUAUAAGCUCUAAUCGUAUAAGGCAAAACACACACUCACACGCAUGCAAGUGGUGAAGAAAUAAAACCAAUUCUAUGUUUAGUGGUUUGUUGUAUGAUAAACAAAAUAUAAUAAAAUGGAAAAACUGAAAAAACCUUUCAAA